AUGUAUAGACAAAUACCUUUAUCUGUUGCGUUCAGUAGUGAAAACCCUGACGUCAAAAUAAAGGGGAACAGAGUAACGUUUAAGUUUCCAACAGACUGGAUUGUGAACAUAAAUGAAGAGAAGUACAUUGGCAUAACAUCUAUGUAUAUAACACGUGCUUUCAGAAAGGUUGACUUUAUACUUCAAGUCGAGAUAGAAAAUGACGAACAGUCUUUAAGCGCCCAAAACAUUCACAUAUACAAAUACUUUAAAGACGAUACAACAUUGUUGCAAUGUAUGAUUUCAUUUAAUGAGAUGUUCGAGAAAAAGUUCAACAUUGAAGUACAAACUUUACAGCCUUUACGUGAGUUUCUUGCACAACUGAAAGAAGAAGGUAGUCAGCCACAACUUAUAGACUUUCAUUAUGAAUUUAAUGAAAAUGAAGAUGGAACUCAUGACUGUCAAUUCAUUGUAUUCUCACCAUUCAAUGAAGUCGCUAAAGAGAAAAAAAUCCAUUACGUAUAA